AGUUUAUUUGAUUAUGUAUUUUCUUAUAUCUUAAUAGGGAUUUCAAAAUGUCUCAAAGAUCGAAAGAUAAAGACCCGGCUUGGCGAUAUGGCGAUAGAGUUAAUGAGAAGAAUACAAAUAUUGUAUGCAAGUUUUGUAACAAGAUUACAACGGGUGGAAUUUAUCGCUUUAAAUUCCAUCUUAUUGGUGGCGAUAGAAACGUCACAAGUUGUCCGAAAUGUCCACCGGAGGUGAGGGAUGAAAUAAAGAAUUUUGUUGAGAAGAAGAAGGAGCAAAAAAAUCAAAUGAGUCAUCAACCAUUGGUGACCAAUCUUGAUGAUGAUGAUGAUGAUGAUAUUGAAGAAUUGUCACUUCCAACAAAACGAGGAAGAGAUGCAAUCUCUUCAAGCCAUGGAUCGACGAGUACGAGUAGGACUAAAGGUCCUAUAGAUUGCUAUUUCCCAAAGAAGACGGAAGGAAAGAGCGGUGGAAAAGAUGUACAAAAAAUUGCUAAGGACAGAUAUUUUGAAGGAUCGUGCAGUUAGAGCUUUUGCACGAUGGGUCUAUGAUGCUGGGAUCCCCUUCAAUUGUGUCAACUAUACUGACACUUUUGGAGACUUUAUUGAGGCCGUUGGUCAAUACGGACCUGGAAUGAAGCCUCCCACUUAUCAUGAAAUCAGAGGUCCUUAUCUAAAUAAGGAAGUGGAGGAGACUAAUAAAAUUGUGGAGGAACAUAAAGUUGCGUGGAACAAGUAUGGCUGCUCCAUUAUGAUGGAUAAGUGGAUGGCAAGAACUGGGAAAAUGAUUAUUAAUGUGUUAGUGAAUUCUCCCAAGGGAAGUUUGUUUCUUGAGUCCAUUGAUGCUAGCGACUCAUCCACUAACCACAUCAAAAUGUUCACCUUGUUUCAGAACACCAUUGAAAAGAUUGGCCCAAGCAAAGUUGUUCAAGUGGUCACUGAUAAUGCGAGUGAAAAUGUGAAAGUGGGUGGCAUGGUGGAAGGAGCGUACAAGAAUGUCUAUUGGACUCCAUGUGCGGCUCAUUGUAUCAACUUAAUAUUCGGGGACAUUUUCAAGGAAAAACCCUUAUCUACAGUUUUUGGCCAGGGCGUUUGGGUACAUUCUUAUAUUUCUCAGCGGCCUUGUUGUUGAAUAUGAUGAGAAGAUUCACCAGACAAAAAAAAUUGAUGAAACCGGGCAAGACAAGGUUCGCCACUGCUUUCUUGACUUUGCAUAGUAUCCACUUGCAAAAAUCCAAUUUGAGAAAGUUGUUCACUUCAGAGGAAUGGAGCAAGAGUAAAUUUGCAAAGGAAAGUGCAGGGAAAGAUGUUGCACGCAUUAUUCUUUCUUAUUCUUUUUGGAAUAAUGUCCUUCAUGCUCUUAAAAUUGGUGGCCCUUUGGUUAAAGUACUCCGUUUGGUGGAUGGGGAGCAAAAACCACCAAUGGGCUACCUCUAUGAAGCUAUGGAUAGGGCCAAGGAGGCUAUUCAAGCAUCAUUCACUGAUGAGCAGAAAUAUGCAAAGGUCUUUCAGAUCAUUGAUGCAAGAUGGAGUGAGCAACUUCAUAGACCUUUGCAUGCAGCUGGACUUAUUCUGAACCCGUCACUCUUUUAUGAUCAGCAUGAGAAUAAUUCAUUGGCUAGAGAAGUGUGGACAGGAUUCCAUGAGGUUGUUAUCAAGUUGACCCCAGAUGAAGACUUGCAAGAAAAGAUAGUAGAUCAACUUGCUAUUUACAAGGCAGCUGAGGGACUUUUUAAGCUCCGACUUGCUAUUAAACAAAGAAAGACAAAGUCGCCAGAUGACCAAGUGCUUCUAUAUUUUAUAGCUCUAGCUUUAAUGUAUUUUUUAUACUUAUUAACUCUUGAAUAUUUUUUUUCACUUCUAUAGUUGAGUGGUGGGACCAAUAUGGUGUAGAGACUCCGGAUUUACAGACUUUCGCCAUCAGAGUUCUAAGUUUAACUUGUAGCUCAUCCGGAUGUGAAAGGAACUGGAGCAUUUUUGAACACAUUCAUACAAAGAAGAGGAAUCGACUAACCUUGAAGCGCCUCCAUAAUCUAGUGUUCAUAAAAUACAAUAGAGCAUUGAGGCGUCGCUACAACCACCGCAAUCUAAUUGAUCCAAUUCUUUUGGACAAUAUUGAUGAGGCUAAUGAGUGGCUAACCGGAGUCCCCGAAAAUUGUGAAGAUGAAGAAGUAUUUGAAGGCGAUUCUAAUUUCACUUGGGGUGAUGUUGCGGUUGCUAGUGGAGUUGGGGAGAAUCCUUAUGGUUUAAGGGGGAAUACUUCAAGUUCAAGCUCGAUUAGGAAGGGAAAAAGUGUGGCUA